GGGAGAGCUGGAGACUCCGAGGCGCUGAGCGCUGCGGCCGCCCGGGCAGAGCCGGCGCGCGGCGUGCAGAGCGAGCGCGGCAGGCGCGCGUCCAGGGCAGCCCCACGCCCCUGCCUCGCGCGCUGCCCGCGCCAUGAAGCACAUCCCGGUUCUCGAGGACGGGCCGUGGAAGACCGUGUGCGUGAAGGAGCUGAACGGCCUCAAAAAGCUCAAGCGGAAAGGCAAGGAGCCGGCGCGGCGCGCGAACGGCUAUAAAACUUUCCGAUUGGACUUGGAAGCGCCCGAGCACGGCGCCACCGCCACCAACGGGCUGCGGGACAGGACCCAGCGGCUGCAGCCGGUCCCGACCCCGGUGCCAGUCCGAGUGGCGCCGGCCGAUCCCUCAGGUGGGGGCGCGGACACGGCUGUGGAGCGCGGGGGCGCCCGGGCGCCAGAGGUCUUGGACGCGCGGAAACGCGGCUUCCCUCUGGGCGCAGUGGGGCCGGGACUCCCCACGCCGCCGCCGCCGCCUCCUCCUACGCCCCAGAGCCAGGUACCUGGGGGUCCCGAGGCACAGCCUUUUCGGGAGCCGGGCCUGCGUCCCCGCAUCUUGCUGUGCGCACCGCCAGCACGCCCCACACCGUCGGCGCCCCCUGCGCCCCCAGAGUCCUCUGUGCGCCCCGCGCCCCCCACACGCCCUGGGGAAAGUUCUUACUCGUCAAUUUCACACGUAAUUUACAAUAACCACCCGGAUUCCUCCGCGUCGCCUAGGAAACGGCCAGGAGAAGCUACCGCCGCCACUUCGGAGAUCAAAGCCCUGCAGCAGACCCGGAGGCUCCUGGCGAACGCCAGGGAGCGGACGCGGGUACACACCAUCAGCGCAGCCUUUGAGGCGCUCAGGAAGCAGGUGCCGUGUUACUCGUAUGGGCAGAAGCUGUCCAAGCUGGCCAUCCUGAGGAUCGCCUGUAACUACAUCCUGUCCCUGGCGCGGCUGGCCGACCUCGACUACAGCGCCGACCACAGCAACCUCAGCUUCUCUGAGUGCGUGCAGCGCUGCACCCGCACCCUGCAGGCCGAGGGCCGCGCCAAGAAGCGCAAGGAGUGACCAGCCGUGGGCUGGUCCAGGGACGCUGCCAAGGGCCCUCUUUCCCUCAAGGCAAGCUUGAGACAAGGUGAGCUCACCAGGUCCAGUCUCGUCUUCCUCUCUAAGGUGCCACCGGAUGCUCAGACCACCGGCUCUCAGGACAAGAGCUUUCCUGCCUCCCUCUCCCCCCACCCCGCCCCCCAGCCACUCCACUAUGACUUUGCACUUUGCUCUCUGCCUGGUGGGGCGGGAAGAGCAAAGCCUUCCCCUUGCCCGGGCCUGAGGCCCAUCGUCCGGCUGCAGAAAUUCAUUGCCAAAGAUUCAACAGAGACACUGAACAAAACGGGGUGAGAAGGCCCCCACAGUGAAAAGCUACACUGCUGCCCUCUGACCACUGCUCCUCCUGUUACCUGGGUCCCAUCUCACACCAAAGAUGAGUCAGCGAUUGAACUCACCAAAGGGAGAGACACUUGGUGACCAUUGCAAGUGCUUGACCCUCUGACCUGGAACUCUUUCUGCCCUGGGCCCUGGCUGGCUGGUUUCCUGGAAGCAAGAUAUGCCUUCUGGGGGCUGUGAGAGGGAGGCUGGGGGUGCCUGUGGGGCGUGAGACCUGCGAUCCUGGCCCUUCUCUCCCUCCUACUGGCUGCCCAGGGCUCUGAAGCAGAUUUUCCACGGUCCCUGGGCCUAGGCUCCUUCUUGGGCCCCAAGCUUUAUGGGAAGGGGGUGGAGGGCGGAGGAAAGAAGCAGCAGUGACCACCUGUACCCGACUCUAGGGAUUUGCCCCAAGGUGACCUGCCUUUGCUCCCCUGGCCAGCCCAGCCCACCAGUCUGUGCCAGGGGCCCGCCCUGCUGACUGGGCACACAGGAUGGCGCCCCAUUUGGAGACCAGUGGUUGGGACGGGUUGUUUGAGGGGGCAGAGGGGAGGAAGGGACCAGAGGAAUGGGCCAGUAUGCGGGGAGGAGGGCAUGUUUGAAGCCAAGGCCUGUUCCUUCCUUGGGCUCAAAAGGCCAAAGCUGUUCACAUCUCUGCUCAACCGCCUGCUUCAAAUUGAAGUAAAAGCCCCAACAUGUAAAGAAAA